UUCCUUUUUUUUUUUUUCUAUAUUUAUUAUAUAUAACAUUAUCGCAUUUCUUUAUUUUUAAUUUUUUUUCCCCCUCCCCUGCAUAUAUUUAAGCUCGUAUAAUAAAACAUGGAAGUGAUCCAAGUUCAACCAAGGGAUUUCUAUCUUCAUUAUAUAUAUGUACCAAUAAAAGACUGGGACAUACACCGUUACCUUCUUCCUCUGAUAUUAUCUUAAAGGCACAAUCUGAUCAAUCUAUUCCCUACACAACAAAAAAAAUAGAUGAAUCUUCUUCUGUAAAUAGUUUUAAAAUGCAAUCGCGAAGUCGAUCGAAAUCGAUUGCAUCUGAAAAGUUAAAAGAAAGAGUAGACUUGGUAGAAAUUAUUCCAAUCGAAUAUAUAAAUUCUGCGAAAACAAAAAUAGAAGGAUCAUAUACUGUACAUGAUCCUGGAAAUUAUAUUCUUGUAUUUGAUAAUACAUUUUCAAAAAACACACCCAAAAUUGUUACAUUUUCAGUAGCUUUAGUUGAUCCGAAUAUGGAAGGGGCAUUAGAACAUCCAAAAGCUGAGAUAUCUGGCUGGUUAUUAAAAAAGCGAAGAAAGAAAUUACAAGGAUGGGCUAAGAGAUGGUUUGAGUUAUCAAAAUCAGGUGUUUUAUCUUAUUCAGCAUCACCUACCAGUUUAACGCGUGGAUCAGUUCAAAUCCUUCUAUCCACUAUUUCCCUAAGCCCUCAACAACGUACCAUUCAUAUCGACUCUGGUUCAAGCUUAUUUCAUUUACGUUGUCAGACAAACGAGGAUUAUGAAAAAUGGACAACUGCUUUAAAGUCAUAUAAGAAAGAAGAACUAGAGUAUCAUGACUCCAGUGCUUAUGGUAACAAUUCUCAGAAGCAAGAAAAAGAAAAAGAAGAAGAAGGACAGCAAGAGAAUCAAUACCCUACAGUUUUAGAUAUGAAUUUAUCCCGUUCAUCUAUUCAUGCUGAUUAUCAUAGUGCUGAUACACUUUGGUCUUAUAUAGAUACAGGAAUACGCAAUGCUGAAUUGUUAUCUUCUAAUAUUGCUAUAAUUAAACGAAAUACUGAUUUAUUGAUGAAAGAAAUGCAACCAGACCCCAAGUAUUACACAUUAGUGAGUGAGCACGAGAAGAUUGCUACCUUAGCUAAUGAUCAGAUAAUAUAUUGGAAAGAAAUUCAGUCUAUUAUUCAACAUCUAUUAAACACUGAUCCAACGUUAAGUACUUUAUCCAUGUCAAGAUCACAUUCUAAAGUGAAAAUACCAGAGGAUACAAAUGUAAAUAGACCCCAGGACAGUUUACUACGUACUAAUAGUAGUGCUUCAUGUUCCUCAAUACAGAAUUCGUGUAUAUCAGAUCAAUUUUAUGAUGCUGAGUCUGUUAUAAUUUCAAGUGAUGAUGAUGAUUAUAAUGAUCCUCAUCAUGCUAUAUUUUCAGGUGAUAGUUCAACCUUAUCAACUACAACAGAUGAAGAAGAAAAAGAUUCAAUUUUGAAUAAUAAUAAUAUCUUAGAAGAAUCCCAUUUUAUUGACAUGAUAUCUAGACCUUCUAAUUUCCAUCGACGUCAAACACUUCCCUCACCUACAGUACGUGAUGAAGCAUCUAUCUUAUCUAUAUUCCGAAAGAAUAUAGGCAAAGAUCUUUCUCAAAUUGCUAUGCCCGUGAGCAUGAAUGAACCUUUGAGUAUGCUGCAAAAAGCAUGUGAAGAUUUAGAAUAUUCAGAACUAUUAGAUAAAGCAGCAAAAUGUGAGAACAGUAUGGAUAGAUUGAUGUAUGUAGCAGCAUUUGCUAUUUCUAGUUAUGCAUGCGCCCAAUGGAGAACAGGACGAAAGCCUUUUAAUCCAAUUAUGUCAGAAACUUAUGAAUGUGUUAGACCUGAUAAAGGGUUUCGCUUUAUUUCAGAAAAAGUAUCACAUCAUCCACUCAUUAUUGCUUCACAUGCAGAAUCACGCCAAUAUAAAUACUGGCAGUGUUCAAAGGUUAAAAGUAAAUUCUGGGGUAAAUCAUUAGAAUUUAUAUCAGAAGGUACUUAUCAUGUGGAACUACCAGGUAGUAAUGAGCAUUACACAUAUGUGAAACCAUCGAGUUGGAUGCGUAAUAUGAUUGCAGGAGAAAAAUAUUUAGAGCAUGUAGGUGAAAUGAAAGUGAUGAAUCAAACAACGGGAGAAUAUGGUGUCAUUGUCUUUAAAGAAGGGACAGGUGGUGGUCUAUUUAGUGCACCCAAAGAACGUAACAAUGUAGUGGGUCUAUUCUAUACUUCAGAAGGCAAAAAAGUGAAGAAAAUGGUCGGUAAAUGGAGUGAUCAAUUGGCUGAAGACGUUAAUAUGGAUGGUCGUACUUUAUCUGUGAUCUGGAAAGCUACAUACCCAACAAAUUUGGAUCAUUGUAAAAAAUACUAUGGUUUCUCUCAAUUUGCUAUCGAGCUUAAUGAAAUUACUCCUAUCGAAAAAGAUAAAUUGCCAAAGACAGAUUCACGCUAUAGACCUGACCAGCGCCUUUACGAGGAAGGUAAAGUGCAGGAGGCAGAAAGAGAAAAAUUAAGAAUAGAAAAGAAGCAACGUGAAACUCGUGCUAUAUUUGCAGAAAAAGGUAUUCCUUGGAAUCCUCGAUGGUUCAAACUAGUAGAAGAUCCCUACGAAAAACCCAGCUUUUAUUCUAUGGACAAUCUGGAUGAAGCAAAUGCAGAAGUGGGGCAUACAUGGAAAUUUACAGGUGAAUAUUGGAAUUUUAAAGAGAAAAAUGAAUGGCCCUCCGAUACACUUGAUCUUUGGUAAAUUUUAAUAACGGUACUUCCAUAUCUUGUUAAUAAUACAUAUAUGCAUGUGUUUGAACUUUAAAGGAGACCAUUUCUAAUCGAGUAUAUAAUAAAUAACAAAUAUCUUUUGCCUAAUAUUACACACUUUAAUAAUAUAGUAGUCAAUUAAUAUAUUUUGUAUAAAAAACUAACC